AUGGCACACAAGCAGGUGUUGGCAUUAGCCUUGUCCACGCUGCCGAAAGCGCCUCCCCGUCAAACCACGCCCUCCACCGGCCAAUACCUCAAUAUCUUAAGUUCGCUCGAUGACCUCCUCCCUCAUACAAUGAGCUAUCCAGACAACGGCGCUGCAUUCGACAAGGUAUCACGCAACUCGGUCAAUUCUACGGACCAGCGCCAUACCGCCUCCUUUACUCAGAUGGCAUACGACAAUUCGGACUGCCAUCUGAUCUUGGUUGCCCUGAUCUUCGGCGACGAUCCCUUCACUCCCCAUUUCAGUGCUUGCGACGAGAACGAUCUGUACGACUAUGGUCAAAAUACAACUUGCCUGUCUUUUCCGAGCUCAGAUGCAAAUCUGAACCGUCUCGUCACAUGGGAUGAAACUCUCGGAAAUGUCACGGAUGACAGCACGAUUCUCUUCUUCACAAACUUGCCCCCUUCUACUCUUUCGCGGAGUUCGACUCUCAUGGUGUAUGGGGCGACAGAAUCUGUUGACCGAAGCUACGUGGCGACCGCUUAUGCUUGCAUGAUCGAUGCGACGUGGACUAGUGUCACGCUGAAUGCAUCCGCGGACGACAGCUACAAUCAGAUCAAUUGCGUUCUCGAGGUGCACUAUGAUGAACAAACAGUCGCAUUAGCGCUUGCAAAUGGGGAUCAUGGCUAUAUGAAGUACAACGGCCUACUCCUCGAACGCGACGACGACGACGAUCCUGAUACGAAGGCCCUUUACCCGUAUCUAGACAAAAGCCACGCUUGGACUCCGUACGCGGGUGUACCGAUCGACAUCGACGCAAAGGGUGCACUCGGCAUGGGCACCACUUGGGACAGUAUUGGUGAGUUGUUGGUGCUGGGCUUGAUGAGUCGAAAGCUAGAAUACCUGGAUCCACAUGCUAGCGUGGGACUCGACACCCUUCACACAUUCCGCGAGCCCGUUAGUGUCAAGGUGAAUUAUGAGGGAUAUGUGGAGCUGGUGUUCGACAAUGAUACAGGCAGCAAGUCGAGGAGGAAUGGGCCUGUAGUGGUCAACAAACCUUACUGA